AUGGCCACUUCCUGGAACCGCCCUCCGCCCGCCGCAGGCGCCGCCCGCCCGCCGGACCGGGGAACCGAGGGGACGGGCCCCGCCGGGCCGGGACAGGGCCGGGACAGCCUCCCCUCGGCCGGCGGGGCGGGCCCGCCGCUCCCAGCGCGGAGGGGAGUGGAACCGGGGAGCGGCGGUCGGGCUGCCCCGGAGGGCUCCCUGCCGGGGGUCAGGUGCCGGUCUGGGGGCGAGCACAUGGCAUGGGUGGCCCUGGCUGGAGAAGGGACAGUGCGGCUGCGGAAGGGCCGGGAGCAUCCUCCGCAGGAGUUUCACAGACCCAGGACAUGGCAUUCCGCAGGGGUCUCACAGACCCAGGACUGGCACUCCGCAGGGGUCUCACAGACCCAGGACAUGACAUUCCGCAGGGGUCUCACAGACCCCGGACAUGGCAUUCCGCAGGGGUCUCACAGACCCAGCACUGGCAUUCCGCAGGGCAGCGGUGCCUCUGGCCCAGGUGCCCCUGUAACACGCGGCAGCCACACCAAAGUGGCAGCCACAGCGUGCCGCCGGCCCGCCUGUCCGACCGCCCGCGGGCUCCCGGCAUCCGAACCGCGCGGAGGCGGCAGGAGCGGAGGCGGCUCCGCCACCACCACCUGUGGCGGCGGGAUGGCGGAGCUCGACAUCAGCGCGGAGGCAGUGAUGGGCUUCCUGAGGGAGCGCGGCGGGCGGGUGCGCAACACCGAGCUGGUGAGCGCCUUCCGGCCGCUGCUGGAGGCCGCCGGCACCGGGGCCGGGGAGGCGGAGGGGCGGGCGGCGCGGCGGGAGCGGUUCAAGGCGGCGGUGAACGCCGUAGCCACGGUGAAGGAGACCGACGGCGUCAAGUUCGUGGUGCUGAAGCGGCAGCUCCGCGCUGCCCCGCCGGCGGGGGGCGAUGCCGGCGCCGCUCCGGACCCCGCCGGGACGCCCCCCGAGGAGCCGCCGGGGCCGCGGGCCGUGGCCGAGCUGCGGGGCCUGUUCCAGGGCGGCGGCGGCGGGGUGCCCCUACCCGGGGGCGCGGCGGGGGCCCGGCGGGAGCCGCCGCCCAAGCCCUGCAUGCUGCCCGUGCGCUGCGUGCCGGCCCCCGCCGUCCCGGGGCCGCCCGAGCCGGCGGCCAGCCCGCUGUCCCCGCCGCCGCUGGACGAGGAGGCCGGGUCCCGCUCGCCAGGGCUGCGGAGGGGGCCCAAGAACCACCGGGCCAGCGAGGAGACCGUGGUGCCCCUGGAGCAGGCGGAGCACCAGUGGCUGGUGCUGGCGGCCGACGGGCAGUGGACGCAGCAGCUCCACGGGCUGCUGCUGGGCGACUCCAGCCUGGCGGCUCGCAGGGACUUCAUCUCCGGCUUCACCGCCCUGCACUGGGCCGCCAAGAACGGCAACUGCGACAUGGUGACCAACAUCAUCCGAGCGGCCGAGAAGGGCGGGUCCCACGUCAAUGUGGAUGCCAGGUCGCAUGGCGGCUACACGGCGCUGCACCUGGCUGCUAUUCACGGCCAGGAGAAGAUCAUCAACAUGCUCGUCUACAGCUACCAUGCCAAGAUUGACCUGAGGGACUACAGUGGGAAGAAGCCGCACCAGUACUUAAAGGAAGGGACAUCCCUUACAAUUAGGCGUUUGCUGGGGGAUCCCAGCCUUUCCCAAAACAUGGAACACUCCGUGCCCAUCAAGAAAUCUACAAAGCUUGCGGCUUCAAUCUUGAGCUCCACUAGCACUUUCCUGGGAGUCAUAUCCGAUGACAUGGCUUUCUAUGAUCUCACCAAAGGUUUAAGGAAGCCCUCAACUCUAAACAAGCUUCUGACUGCCACUACGGGCCCGAGGAGGAAGCCAAAGAUCAGAGGGGGCUUCCCUUCAUAUUCCUCACUGUCUGAGGUAGCAGAGGAGGAGGAAGAGGUUGUCGUGAAACGCAGACCCGUUUCUGAGCUGUUCUUUGGCCGCUAGCCUCUGCCUUACUGUGGCUGAAUGGUUUAAUAGCACGGCUGCUGUCUCAGCUUUCUCUUUCAGAAGCAGUUUGGAUUUUUGCUCUCUGUGUCUGUCUUUUUGGAUUUUUAACUCAAUCAGUGAUAGGGUCCACAUCCAAAGGCCACAGCAUGAAACCCAGCCCCAGGUGCCUGUGGAAAGGAGCUGCCAGGAAGUGCUGUCCAUGCUGUAUGUACCAU